AUGAAGAGGCUCCUUGCUCUCAGCGCCCUCACCACCGGUGUCUUGGGCAUGACCAAUGGCUGCUCGCCUGACCAGACCAAUGUCUUCGACGAGUCCGGCAACGCUUACUGCGAGCCCGCUGUCACCACCAUCAAGUACACUGGCGUCGGCGGCACUGGCCAGUACAGCACUGUCACCAGCAUCGACACUGCCGGUUCCUGCGCCUGGGCCGAGAAGGCCUAUGCCGGUUCGCUUGCGCCGUACGACGAGGAGAUCGGUAUCAUCUUCCGUGGCCCUCUGAAGCUGCGUCAGUUCGCGGCCUACAGCGCCGACAGCUCCGCUAGCAAACUCAAGAAGCGCGGCGAGGAGCGCAAGGCUGAGAAGGAGAAGGCGAAGCGCUCUCCGCGCCCCAGUCCUCACAAGCGUCGCUAUGGCCAUGGCCACCAGCACUUCCACCAGCACCAGAAGGAGAAGCGCGGCCUCGGUGACAUGGUCACCGCUGUCAUCGACGGUCAGCUCGUGUCGUGGGUCAACAACUACGCCGGACCCACUGCUGCCGCGGACGCGGGCGCGGGCGCAGACGCCGCUGCGGACACUGGCUCUGCCGGCGUCAACGUCGGUGUCAGCGUUGAUGCUGCCGCUGAGCCUACUUCAACUUCUACCACCGCUGCGCCCGUCAGCUCCGCCACUUCCACCGCGUCUGACGACGACAAGGAUAGCGUGGACAGCUCCGAUACCAGUGGCGAAUGGGCGCGCAUCUCCCACUACAACUCCGAGGAGAAAAUCAACGACGGCAUGACUUUCCUCACCCACCCGCCUUGGCAGAACGUGCUUGCCUACGCCGGUGUUUCCGGCAUUGAGCAGGCCUCUGAAGCCACUUGCUUCGGUGGCGAGCUUGACAAUGCCGACGAGUUGAUCAUCAUGACCGACUCGCCUUGCUCCGAGGACGUUGGCACCGAGUGCGCCUACUUCAAGGAUGGUGACGAGGCUUUCCAUGGCUUCGGUGGCACCAAGAAGGCCUUCUUCUUCGAGUUCCAAAUGCCCGAUUCCGGGACUCACUGCUCUGUCAACGAAAUGGAGAGCAAGUACGUUGCGGACAACAUGCCCGCCAUCUGGACGCUCAACGCCAAGAUCUUGACCGACCAGUACGGCUGCAACUGCCAGGCCACUGGCUGUGGUGAGCUCGACCUCUUCGAGGUCCUCAACCCUGGCAACAAGCGUAUGAAGUCGACCUUCCACGGCAACACUGGCUUCGACGGCGGCGACUCCCACUACAUCGAGCGUCCAUUCGACAAGUACAUGAGCGCCAUAGUCGUCUUGGAUGACGACACCAUGGUCAUCAAGGUCCUCGAGGACGGCACUGAGGCCCCGAAGAGCAUCACUCAGGCCCAGAUCGACGAGUGGACCGGCAAGGACAACGACACCGAGGUCUCGAACAUCCUUGGCCAGCUGGCCAUCUACGCCAUGGCAUCUAUUUGA